CGUCCACGUCCUUCCCACCCCUCGCUGCUCCACCUCCGCCGCCUGCGCGUGUCUGCCAGUCCGCAGCACACCCGCAGCGGCACAGCGCACGCUGAGCUCGGCCCUCUGCAUCCUCUGAGCACGUCUGCGCCCCAUUGCGGCACAUCUCUGCCCGUGCCUCGGCUGAGCACGCGUCGCGUGUGCAACUCGCACCCGCUCUGCGCCGGCAGCACGUUCUGGCCGCCGGCACGGCACACGCGGCGCCAUGAAGUACCUGCUCGCCGCCAUCGAUGCGCGCCGCUCGGCGGUGCCGCUCGAUGACGCCGAGCUGCGCAAGCUGCUCACCGACGUGCGCAAGAGCAAGGACGACAAGUCGGAGAUGAACGAGGCUAUGGAGCGCCUCAUCACCGAGCUCAAGGGAUCGGAGCAUGCCACGGCCUUCUUGACCCGUGUCUCGAAGCGCGAGGCGCCCGACUACUACGAGGUGAUCAAGCACCCCAUGGACCUUGGCACCAUGCUCCGCAACGUCAAGGCGUCCAAGUACAAGAACAAGAACGCCUUUGCCGCCGAUCUCGAGCUGAUCUGGUCGAAUUGCGAGAUGUACAACAUGCUGCCGGAGCAUGCGCUGCGCAAGGCUGCUGCCCACAUGCGAGCCCAGUCGCGCCACCUGCUCGCAUACGUGCAUGAGGGAGACGAAGUUGGCGAGGCGCUGCGGCUGUGGGAGAAGCGGAGCGAUGCUGCAGCCAAGGCGAAGGUGUUUGGGACGGAUGGCGCUGGACCGCGAGUCGCAACUCGACUACCGCUCGCCCGGCCUCUCGUGCCUCCGCCUCCGAGCAGCGCCGUGACGAUCACGCCUCUGGCCAUGCGGCCUGCCCUCGUGCGCGAUGCUGCCGAUAUGGCGCGCUUCUCGCAGCUCGAGUCUCUUGACUUUCUCGAGGAGGACGCGUCGCAAGCCACGACGUCUGCCAACGGCGCGCGUCUGCUCGCAGCGGCACGAACAUCUCGCAGCCGCGACGACCUGCUGCGCCAGUCUGGCUCUGGACCAAUUGCGGCAUCAGUGCCAGACUUGGCCGACCCGUCUGGUAGCGCUGACGGCGCAUGGUACUCGCUGUCCAGCGGCGACCUUCUCAUGGCUGGCGUCCCGCAUCUGCCGUCGUCGGUGCGGCUGCCGCUGGAGGACGAGGAGGCCGGUGCUUAUCGCGUGCGGAAACGCAACGCCUUUGGUGGUCAGGCCAUGGUGCGCCGCAACAUCAGCACGAUCGCCAAGUUGCGGCACACAAGUGCCAAGCUUGCAGCGCUGGCCGCGCACACAGACCUUGAUACCCCUCUUCCGGCGUGGCUCGCCUCAACUUCGUCCGACGAGGAGUCAGAGGAUGACGAGAUGCCUGUCCGCACGCGGCGGCCAGUUUCCGGCCAGACGCCAGAGCAGACGCGGCAUCCAAAAGGUGCAGUAGCGCUCGAGCCCGGUUUGAAUCCGCUAGGAGGCAUCAGCCCGCAAAGCGCACGGGAAGGUCUGCACUCUGCAGCGAUGCUGCUUGGCGCGCAUGUCGGCUUCGACGGCGCGCACACGUCCUGCAUGGAUGUCAUCACCGACAUGGCGGGCGAGUUCCUGGGCAACCUCGGGCGCACCCUCCGCCUCUAUGCCGACCGCUACUCUCACGAGAUGAGCGUCGAGGAACUGCUUCUUCACACGUUGCAGGAGAAUGGCGGCGCGAGUGUGCGGUCACUGGAGACCUACGUGGUCGACGAUGUCGAGCGACACGGCACGCGCCUCACGGACAUGCUGCGGCGCAACCGCGCGGCAUAUCGGGAGCGCCUGCAGGCCAGCUCCGCUCCGAUGGCCGACGACGCGUUCUUCAGCGCGAGCAACGACGUGCUUGUCAGCGGCGGCUUUGCCGAGGAGCUCGGCGACGAUUUUUUCGGCUUCAAGGCCAUGGGCCUCGACGCCGAGACGGGCAUGUCUGGCCUGUCCGUCCCGGCGCGUCUCUUCCGUGCCACCGAGGCGCCCGGCCAGCGGCGACACGAGGCGGAUCCAAGCUCAGCGGAAGAGCCGCUCGCGUUCCCGCCGCCGCCGCCAGCAGUGCCCAUCUCCGAGUCAGCAGUCGGCGCGCAAAUCGGCCUCCUGCAGUCCUGGUACCGCGACCUGGUACGCACGCGCGGCGCCUGGCGUGCCCACUCGCCCGGCACGGCAGAGGCCACCGGCGUCGCGGGCGAGCUGUGCAUCUCCGACGACGAGCAGGAGCGGCAGCGCUUCAAGGUCGGCCCCACGGGGCGCCUGCCGAAGCGCACCAUGGCCAGCACUGCUGCUGCUCAGCGCGGGCAAGGCGCCGAGACUCUCGUCGCCGCGCCCCCUGCUCGCAAACGCAACCGCCCCUGAUGUCCGCAUCGCCGCCACCCCACAUGUAUCAUCAGCGUCUCUGCACAUUUAGCAUUUUGCAACAGACUGCGGG